AUGGAUAAAGACAACAUUUCCAUGAUCUUGCACUCUAAAGGAGACCUUAGAUUGGAACAAUGUCCGAUUCCAGAGCCAGAAUCAAAUGAGGUAUUGCUUCAGAUGCACUCAAUGGGUAUUUGUGGAUCAGACAUGCACUUCUGGCAGAACGGACGAAUAGGGCACUUUGUGCUGAAACAACCCAUGAUACUGGGACAUGAAUCCUCUGGUCGUGUGGUCAAAGCGGGCUCUGCUGUAAUGCACCUCAAAACUGAUAAGUGGGACAGAGUUGCCAUUGAGCCUGGCGUUCCUUGCGAAAUAGAUGAGUACUUUAAAUCUGGACAUUACAACCUGUCACCCAGCAUAUUCUUCUGUGCCACUCCUCCAGAUGAUGGAAACCUGUGUAGAUACUACAAGCACAGUGCCAACUUCUGCUAUAAGCUUCCUAAUAACCUGUCCACUGAUCGACUGGCCAAAGCUAAAGAGAUGGGGGCAGACUUACUGCUUCCUGUGAAGAAAGAGGAUGCACCACAAGAAAUGGCCAAAAAAGUUAAAGGAAUGCUAGGUUGCAUGCCUCAAAUCAGCAUAGAAUGCACUGGAGUGGAGAGCAGUAUUCAGACAGCCAUCUAUGCAACUCGUUCUGGAGGAGUGCUUGUAUUGGUUGGGCUAGGUGCUGAGAUGACCACCAUACCUCUUCUCAAUGCAGCGGUCAGAGAAGUUGACAUCAGAGGUGUAUUCUGUUACUGUAAUACCUUGCCACUGGCCAUUGCAAUUUUGGCAUAUAAAAAGGUAAAUGUAAUGCCCUUGGUCACCCACCGUUUCCCACUGGAGCAGGCUGUGCAGGCCUUUGGGACCACACGCCAGAGACUCGGGAUUAAGGUCAUGUUAAAAUGUGACAAGAAUGACCAGAACUCCUAA